CCCUGUUGAGGAGGACAGAGAUGCAAAGAUAAUCUCAAAGGAUGAGAAAGGUCGCACUGCUAGCGGUUCUGGUAGAAACUUUUGGGUGAGUGGACUGGCUUCCACUACCAGAGCUACAGAUUUGAAGAAUCUGUUUAGCAAAUAUGGGAAGGUGGUAGGUGCAAAAGUGGUCACCAACGCGCGCAGUCCUGGUGCUCGCUGUUACGGCUUUGUUACGAUGUCUACAGCUGAGGAAGCAACAAAGUGUAUUACUCACCUCCACAAAACAGAGUUACAUGGGAAAAUAAUUUCUGUAGAAAAAGCAAAAAAUGAACCUGCUGGGAAGAAGCCAAGUGAAAAAAAAGAGAACGAAGCAAAGAAGGAAACAGUCGGUGAGAGACCUGGCAGUGUUAAAAGGGAUGAGAAACCUGACCAAAAAGAUGAUCCUAAAAAGACAGAAGACAAAGAUGAAAAGGAGAAAAAAGAUAAAGAUGAACCGAAGUCUGGUUCAUCAGAUCAACCUAAAACUAUUAAGUCGGGAAGUAAAGGAACGGAGAGAACAGUAGUAAUGGAUAAAUCCAAAGGAGAACCUGUUAUUAGUGUGAAAACAUCAGCUGCAUCAAAAGACAGAAGCAUUAAGAGCCAGGAUCGCAAAUCAGAGAGCAGAGAGAGACAAGGCAUUGUGCCAUUUGACAAAAUUAAAGCACAGCGAAAAAUGAGGGAGGCAGAGCAGCGCCGCACACGUGAGCGUCGGGAGAGACAGCAGCACCUGCAGACUAUCCGGGAACGAGAAGAAAGGGAGAGGCUUGAGAUUGCUCGUGAGAGACUGGAAAUUGAAAGGCAGCGUCUUGAACGAGAACGGAUGGAAAGAGAAAGACUGGAAAGAGAACGAAUGCACAUAGAGCAUGAAAGGAGAAGAGAACAAGAUCGCAUUCAGCGAGAAAGAGAAGAGCUGCGACGCCAGCAUGAGCAGCUGCGCUAUGAACAAGAACGUCGGUCUGCAAUGAGAAGACCAUAUGACAUAGAUGGCAGGAGAGAUGAUCCGUACUGGCCAGAGGCAAAACGAAUGGCAAUGAAUGAUAGGUACCAUUCAGAUUUCAGUCGCCAGGAUCGCUUCCAUGACUUCGAUCACAGGGAUCGUGGCCGUUAUCAAGACCAUUCAAUAGAUAGGAGAGAUGGAUCAAGGACGAUGAUGGGAGAUCGGGAUGGACAACAUUAUCCAGAUGAGCGCCAUGGAGGACCAGACCGUCAUUCACGAGACUCUCGGGAAAGCUGGGGUAGCUAUGGAUCUGACAGAAGAAUGAGUGAAAGUAGAGGGAUACCCCCACAGUCACGGGAUGGACGUGACUGGGGAGAUCACGGUCGAAAGUUUGAAGGGCACCAAGAUCGUUCGUGGCAGAGCAGUGUGGACGGAGGAAUGAUAGGACGGGAUCAUGAGAGAUGGCAAGGUGGAGGCAGAGGCAGACCUGGCCAUGUGAUGCAUCGUGGAGGCAUGUCAGGGCGUGGAGGUUUCAUGCAAGGUGGCAACCAAAGUCAGAUGAUGCAUGGAGGGGGAAUGCAAGGAGAAGGAUUUGCUGGCCAGGAGAGAGCAAACAGACCUAAUGAUCCUCGUUUCAACCGUCGCUACUGAAUGUGUUUUAAUUUUUAAUGCAAGGUGGCAACUGAAACGAAUCUGUUACCCAGGGUUACCAUUAAUUGUAACUUAUGGGCUACUGUAAGUGUAAUUUUUUUUUAAGCUGCUGCCAUAUUAUGUCACUCAAUCCAAUGUGAACUCAUUUGUUUUGUAAUGUGUUGUUCAUAUCCCAUUUAAAAUGUUUGUUAAUGAAGCAUUCCAUUUUCCAUAAAUAAAAGCCAGUUUACAGGUAA